UCGUCUGGCAACUCGGUGUCUUUGGAAACUGCCAACUCGGUGGAGUUGCGACAGUUAGCAUCGCUCAGAAGGCCAUUGUUUGUUUGUUGUUCCAUGGGAGGUGGUCUAGUCCUUGAAGGAGGACAGGUCCAGGAGGAAAUGGCUAGAAGGCGGGGCAGGAGCAGAAGCGAGCAGCGUCGUCGUCGCCGGAGAAGGAGGAGCAAGCCCAGCCCAGCGGGCAAAGCCAAGCCACCGAAGAACCAAGAGGACUGCUCCCAAGUCUGGAUGAACACCUACAGGAGUCUGGUCGAGUGGCACCGCAACCAGGUCCUAAGGCUGUGUCCUGCCAGUAAGCCCGAAGAGGAGGAGGAGGAGGCGGAGGAGGUUGUGACAUCUUCCCACUUGGACUACGUGUAUGAGAGCUCCUCCUCUGAGGAUGAGUCCGAGCCCAUUGACGAGGAGUACCUCAAGUUUCUGGAGGUCACCAUCAAGCACCAGGAGAAGCUCAGACAACAAAAAGAAGAUGGCUCCGUUUCGAGAAGCUUUUUAGAUUAGGAGGAAAAUGAUUAUUUUAAAACUGGACUUGAAUUUUAAUUUUCUAAGAAUAUUAUGUUAAGAAUAAUGACUACUUUUUGUAAUUGAUUAGGCAUUUAUUCAAAUCCAAACAAUUAUAUAUACAUUUUAAGGAAACUAAUGGUUUCUUGAUCAAUA